AGACACGUUGUGCAUUUCUUUUAGUCGACAUGUCUGCUUCCUGUGUGUUGACAAAAAGUGCUAAAUAAACCACCUUUUUACCGCUGAAGUGACCUCCACCAUGGUACUUGUAGACUCCGAGUCGAUGAUUAUUCUUCGUGUCAAGGGACCGCUGGAGUUCAAAUGCCUGCUGGACAGCACAGAUGCAGAGCAUGUGCAGAGGACGGUCUCGAGAACAUUUCAGAGCCUUCGUUCCCAGGUGAAGUCGGACUCCUUUGUUCUUGUGGUCUGCAACAGUCCAGUUAUUAUUUGGCCAAAUAAAGAUGUUUWUGAAGAAAUAUCUCAAAAUACACCAUGCGACGAUGUAUUCCAGUGGAUACAAACAGAUGAACAGGAGACUAGUGGAAAGAGGUUUUGUUCUUCAAGAUGUGUUUCUGGGUUUGUACUUGAAUGCAAAGUGAAAUGUGUUUUUUUUUUUUUCUUAAAGAGUGUUCUAAACCUUUCCCUGAUGAUGGAAGUGACGAGGCCUGGUCCUCUCUCAGCCCCAGUCCUCAGCAAGACGGUUCAGAAAUCCCACUUCCUGUCUGCAACGCUUCCCAUGGACUGUGUUGUGCACACCAGCUGCAACAACACGAUCAAAGAUGCCUGUACACAAUUGGUGGAGGCGCUGACUCACCAGCUGAUUGAGAUGGAGACGUUGACCCUGCAGCAUAUGACGGGGCCGACGCUGCUCGUUCCAGAGCCGCUCCACUUUUUCCUACCAGAACCKAACGGGCUGGUGACCGUGGUGUUUCCAGCAGGAGUGCCUGACAAAGAAUUAGAGACACGGCGUAGGGAGUUACAUCAGCGAUUUAAUUUGCCGGAUGACUGGCCCUACUUUAGAAGAGCCAAUGCGUACCACUUUCCCAAUGAACCCUACAGGGACGGUUAUCUUCGAAACCCUCACACAGUUUUAACACACCCUUCUCUCGAUAAUGGAAAGGUGUACUUGGUCCAGGGAAUCUACAGCUACCACCACUACAUGCAGGAUCGGUUAGAUGAUAAYGGCUGGGGCUGUGCUUAUCGCUCCCUUCAGACCAUCUGCUCCUGGUUCCGGCAGCAAGGUUAUGUAGAGCGCUGUGUGCCCACUCACAGGGAGAUCCAGCAGGCCCUGGUGGAGGCUGGAGACAAGCAGGGAUCCUUCGUGGGGUCUCGUCAGUGGAUCGGCUCCAUUGAGGUUCAGGUUGUGCUGAACCAUCUGCUUGGGAUCACGUCUAAGAUCAUGUUUGUGAGUCAGGGAUCUGAGUUAUCAUCUAAAGGCAGAGAGCUGGCUAACCACUUCGUCACUGAAGGAACUCCUGUUAUGAUCGGUGGAGGAGUUUUGGCUCACACCAUCUUGGGUGUGGCCUGGAGCGARACGACAGGGCACAUCCGUUACCUCAUUUUAGAUCCUCAUUACACUGGAGGAGAAGACCUACAGGUCAUAACAGACAAGGGCUGGUGUGGCUGGAAAGGACCUGAGUUCUGGGAUCAGACUGCAUAUUACAACCUGUGUUUGCCUCAGAGGCCAAGGGUCAUCUGAGCUUUUAUGACUUCAUAUAGCAGCAACUAAUUACAGAAAAAUCUGAAAAAAAUAUGAAGGAUCUGUGUAAUAAUUUGUUUUAUGAAGAUUUUGGUAAUUUUCAUUAAGCCCUUCAUCAUUUAUUGACUUGUAAGAAAUACAACCAGAAAUAGAUGUUKAAUAUAAACUGUUUGAAACAUUUGGCACUGAUAUGUCAAAUACAAAUAUUUAAAUUAUGAUACAUUCUUUUGAAAAACAAUCCUAGUAACUGUGUUUAUUUCAACAGUUUUGUUCAUGCAUUACUAUUUGUUGGACAAAUAAACUCCCAAAAGUGACACUAAAUAAAGUUGUUAAAAGUGUG